AAACGGCUGACGGUUUUGCAAACUUUGGAAAAGAAGAAAAAACUCCUACCAGGAGGCUCCGACAGCCUUCUCGAUGUGGUGGAUUUUCUCCUUAGCGAGCCAAGCCCAGAUCUCCGCGUAUGCAAAGACUUGCUACAGAUUCGGCGAGAGUCCUCUGGUCAUGGUCAUGUA